UGAAAGGAAUUGCCAGCUAAACGUCUCACUUUAUCGCUACGAGCGACUGUUUAAAGAAGUUGCAACUAUGCUUGAUAAGGAAACAAGAAAUAACUGGAGAACUCUUGGCAGUAAAUUUGGAUUGCAACGUGACGAACUGGAACAGAUAGUAAGCAAUCCAGCAAGAAUCCUUUUGGAGGACUACGUGUAUCAAACGAUGGAUGCAGAGGAUUUGACGAAUGGAAGUUUCCAACAACUUGUAAAUGUGGUAGACAAGCCUUCACCAUUCCUUCGAGCUUUCGAAGACGAUUGUCGAUCCAUGAAAGAUGUCUUCCCUCCUAGUAGUGAGAAAAUGUGGAGACUGUGUUUGAAUCUAAACAAAAGCAAAGAAGUUGGUGGUAUGAAAAAGUGGGAGCAUUUGGCCGCUUGUUGGGGAAUAAAACCCGAAAUUUAUUCCCAGUUUGAUCCAAGCCAGAARACAAGUCCUACUGAGAUAUUACUCAAAUGGUUAGUGGAUGCACGCCCGGACUUUACUGUUAAUGAACUUUGCUAUCAUUUGGGUAAAAUAGGUUGUCAUGAUGCAAAAGUCUUUUUGGAAGAAAAACUGAAAGAAUGGCAAUUGCAAAAGGAAGUAUAUGUCUAAAAGUAAAGAAAACGAAAACGAAAAAGAAAAGAAAACUGGAAGACUGCAAAACUGUGGGUGGCUUAUUGCUUUACGGCUCGCCAGGGGCGGAUCCAGGAUUGUUUUUGAGGGGGGAGGGGGUGCACUUAUUUGGCUUAUGACGUCGUAAUGAGUGAUGA